CGUUCAGUUUUGAGCCAGAUUCCAUCUUGGACUUUUCAUCCGCUCCUGAUUCACAACAAUUUGAAGAGAGAAAUACUCAAAAUAGCAAAUUGAGCUUAGUUUUCUUUCUAUAUGUUCUCUAUCAUCCGAAAAUCCCACAAGAUCAUGUUAUAAACGCCAAAAAUACAAUGUGAAAUUAUUACUUCAUAAAAUUGUUAAUAAACUGCGUUUUUUUAUCGGUUAUUAUAUGACAUUUUUUAUGUAAUGUUAUUUGACCACCAACGUGUGAUCUUAACUGAGGAACUCGUGUUUUGGUGUUUCACGCGGGUUUACCUCGCAAACGUCUCACCAGACUUUGGACUACGUCAUGACGCAUUCCCACUGCUGACGUAUAUUCUUGCGAUGCUUUAAAACUCGGAAUUUCCGCUAUUCUGGUGAAACCCGCAGAAACAAAGUCGUAAUUUUUCAUUAAAACGCGGAAAAAACGUAAUGACCUUGAUUUUAUAUUCACUUUAUUUUGUGUUUGACCGUUGUAAAACUGUGUUUCUAUUAAAAUGUUUUAUGUACUACUUUACCAAGCCAAGAACACAACCAGCUUCUUUUGUAAAAUAAGAGUACUUUCUGUACUCCUUACUAAUUAUGCUGCUUUCAAUUAGUUUUAUUCAUCCGAACAAGGUUGAAAUAUUAAUAUUUAAUUAUAAUAUUGCGAUCUAGCGAGGAAAAAUGUUUGUGUUUAACGUUAAAGGCCAACUGAAGCAGGAAGUUCCGAGGCACCGCGAACGCAGCUUAGUGGCUGAAGUUCGGAGGAAUUGUCCCAGAGACGGUACAGUUCCCAAACUACAGCUGAAGGACAUUCAGGAAGGGCAGCUCAGCUCUCUGGUUCCGACUCCAGAAUCGCGGAGGUCGGACCGUGAAGGCGGAGUUCGGUUGUGGGCAGCUGAGCUUCAUGCUGGCGGCGGACUCCCUCGUUCAGACGGUGGCGGCGGCUGUAGGAUGGGAUGUAAAAGACACACCUGCAAUGAGGUCACCUGUCGGCGCGUCACCUGGAAAAGGGAUCCCAUGACAGAUCACGUGUUUGCUUCUGUGACCUGCGGCCAGCUGCUUUGCUUUUGUAGGGGUGUCACGUCUCUGCGCCUCAAGGACGUUCUGGCGUUUGUGACGAAGCCAUCAUGUGGGACAACUGAAGCUGGAGGAUCAGAGGGGCCGUCACUCCUUUCAGGACAACUCCCUCAACCCGUGCGCCAGCCAAUCAAAACGCACCGCGCAGGUUAGUCAUGCAUCUGAAGACUCAGCUGGUGCGUUCGGAGCUGCGCUGGGACGCCGCCGGCGCCGUGCAGACAACUCGCCACCGCAGUCUGCUUGUGAGCCAGCAGGGGGAGCUGCUGCAGACCUUUGGUAGGAGCCACGGCGGCGCCAAACACCUCCCUGUUGGCUUCAUCUCUGCAAGGAGGUUCUGUUCCAAUGGUGUGAAGUCGAUGUCGAGCGCCCCCCUUUGGAUCCUUUCAUCGCCGCCGGGCGCCGACGAGGAUCAAGGCGGGUUCCAUCAGGGCCCGACGGACUCUGAUGCUGCUCAGAACAUGUGGACCGUCAUCAGACCAGGGCACGUCCGUGAAAAGAUUGCCAUUUUUGCUGCAGAGGAGCGGCACUCAGACGUGGGGAGCAAGGAGCACGCCGCCGCAAGCAGCACAAACAGCGGCGCCGUCACAACGCUGUCACGAGGGAUAAAGACAAAGGGCAGGUGGGAGGGGCACAGUUCUGCCAAACGGCGUCAUCGUUCUGGAAAAGACCCGAGCGUCCAGCAGAACCGGGGGGUUGUUGACCUGGAAGUACAGCGGCAAAGCAGCACGGACGCCUUACAGCGGUCCAGCUGGACGCGGCAGUCAGGAGGCGUGCGGCGUGAUGGGGAGCCGCUGACCUCUGAGGAGGACGAGGACCAGCAGAAGCUGUCGGUCGUGGAGAUGGUGGCGUUCCUGGAGCGGCGGACGUGCGAGCAACAGCCAGACUGCAAGCCUCAGCUCGUUCUCCAGCGGAGCUCCACGACCAUCACGUUGUCGAAGCUGACGCCUCCCGAGGUCAGGGAGGAGGAGCCAGAGAGCGUCAGGGUGUCGGAGUUGGUGGCCAAGCUGGAGUCAGAGUGUGUAAGGAAAGUGGGGGGCGGCGUGUUGAGGAGCAGCAGCCUGCGGAGAACUGUGGGGCGCGUCCUCCUCGCCGCUGCCGACCAGAGCGACGCCCCCCACCAGCCUCCAUCACUGUCGGAAGGGUCCAUACCACCCGCCUCUCCUUCAACGCUGCAGCUCCAGAAACCCAAAUCUACCGCAUGCCCCCCUCCAGCUGUAGCCACACCCCCAUCCACUAAUUUGACCACGCCCAUCUCAGGUGAGGUAGAUGGCAGUGUCACAAAGACUGUGACCCCACCCCCUCACGCUGACCAGUCAGAGCCUCUGCCUGGUUUGCUCUUCUUGUCUUUACCUUCUGACGAAAAAGCUCCACCCACAUUGUCAGAGCCCCGCCCCUCCCUAUACAAAUCCAGCUUUUACCUACCUUGGGAUCAGGGGCAGGUCACCAGCGCGACCCCCCGCCCCACUGCAGUGCCUCUCAGCCGCAGCGCGUCGGCGUCGCAGGACUUCCUGGAGGUGCGGCAGAGGCUGCAGCGGCUGCUGGCGCCGCAGCCGUACCUGCUGCUGCUGCCUCACCACCUGCUGGUCAAGAUCUUCCUCCUGCUGCCGACGCACAGCUUGGCGGCGCUCAAAUGCUCCUGCAGCUACUUCAAGUUCGCCAUUGAGAACUACGGCAUCCGCCCCGCCGACUCGCUGUGGGUGUCGGACCCCCGCUACCGGGACGACCCCUGCAAACAAUGUAAGAGGCGGUACGACCCCGGCGAUGUGUCGCUGUGCCGCUGGCACCACAAGCCCUUCUGCCAGGCGCUGCCGUACGGCCCCGGGUACUGGAUGUGCUGCCACAGCGCCUGCAGAGACUCGCCCGGCUGCAACGUGGGUCUCCAUGACAACCGCUGGGUGCCGGCGUUUCACAGCAUCAACGUGCCGAUUUACAGGAGAAGCUGUAACCAUGACAACUGAGUGAGACUGAGCUCCUGUCCCUAUAAGCUUUUUCCGGCUCGUUCGCCCUGUCGCUGGAACACGUCUGCUCCCAUGAUGCAACGGGAGAUCAGCUGUUCCUCUGCUGGACACCACACUGAAACACCAGUUUGAGGUGAUUUUUUUUUUUUUUUUUGCUGUGAAAAUGUAGAUUUUUCUUUUAUGAUUCACUGAGAAUCUCCAUGAAUGUUCAGACGUGAAACCGGCGCGUGCGAACGUCUGAAGGUCACUUCCUCUUCACGAAGACGCCGGAGCGCUCCUCCAGCCGACGUUUACCGACCGCCGAUCAGCUGACGCUCUUCCCUGUGGGGGUGGGACCCUGCCAGGUCUCUCCUCCGGGUGGGCCGCUGAUCCUCAGCUGGUGGAGCUCGCGUCCUCUGAAUCAGAAGUUCUGAGGUGAAGGUUCCUGACAGGAGAACGGGCCGAGGGCUCGCGCUUCUGAGCCGCUUGUUGCUCCAUGGAUUGUUGAUCAUUUUUUGUUUUUUUUUAAAGUCACGUGACCUUUUUUUUUUUUUUUCCCUUUACGUGUUGUGUGUAGCUUUGAUCAGCUGACUGUUAAUCACAGAAACGUGGCCUUGAGUUUUCGAGACGAUGCAAUAAAAGAAACUGUAAAGAUUAUUUAAUGAGAACCUCAGAUCAUAAAGGAUGAAUGUGUGACGGAGUCCGGAUGUUUCUCUGGAAAUUAUGAUUUUGCUUUAAUAAAGUGCUUCUCAUCGGU